CGCUUGCUGCCUGAAAGGAGGAGGGUCUGCCAGCUUGGAGGGAAAUUCAAUGAUAAAUUGUCGUCUUUUCCUGGAGAGCCAGGACUACUUUGAUAAACAACCAGUCUUUAGAGUUAGAAAACAAUAGCGGUGCAUCUCUACAAGUAGUUAAGGCACACAACUAAGGAUACAACACAAUGACUAUUGGCCAUAUUGCAAACGUAAUUUGAUGAGUGUAAUCUGAAUAUGUUUCUGCAAAUCCUCAGUCGUAGCAUUGUUAGCUAGCAUCGAUUAAAGGUUUCCCAAAACUUCCCCCACGGGGUCUCAACGAUGGGCUAAUUGGGAGUAUGCUGAUGCUCGACCAUAGGACAUUACAACCGGGAUCACGUCGGUCAUGGAACGGAAGGCGAAGAGGCUCGAAAGUCAGCUGUGUAGAGCUGUGAACGAUGGAGACCCGAGAUCGGUGCAGCUGCUUCUUUCACAAGGUGCACGCCCUGACCUGGUGGGUGGUAAAGGGGUGGCUGCAAUACAUUUGGCUUCUGGCAAAGAGACUGAGAAGAACAUACGCUGUUUGAAAAUGUUGCUGCAAUAUGGAGCGGACCCCAAUAUCAGGUCAUCAGAAGGCCUGACUCCUCUUCACAUUGCUGCACUGUGGGGAUGUUAUCAAAAUCUGAAGCUGCUAUUGAUGAAUGGAGGAAACCCAAACAUUCAAAAUAUUGAAGGGAAUACACCAGGGCAGCUUGCAGAGCAACAGGAGAAUCGAAAAUGUGCCCAGCUCCUUCAGGAGUACCAGUUUAGCUCAGUGGACACAGAGGAAGAGGAGUUACCUCAAUUCCAAUACUCUGUGUAUUCAGACCAAGCGGACACGUCCAGCUAUCCUGAAUCAGACUACAGCUUCAGUUCCCACUCUUCUAUCAUAAGUGACUUUGGUGAAGCCCCAUUGAGCAGCACAAGGCGCUCAUCAUUUUUCAACCUAUCUAACAAUAAUGGAAGGCCAGACUGCAGAGGAAUAUCAUAUAACAGACUUUCUGAUAUGGAGACUAAGAGGCCUCACAGCCAGCACUGGAACAAUGCCGCCUCACAUUGGGCAUCUGAAGGUCCCUCCAUACUAUCAAGCACUCGCAUGUCUGCAGUGGGACUUCCAGCUGCAAUGCCCAUACAUAAGGAGGAGGAUUUGUUUACUGACGAUGGUGUGUUCACAUCAAAGGCAAAUGAACAUGCUGCUACAACUGAUUGCAGAAUCUCCCCCUCUAGAAGAGACACUCUCCCAGCAUUUUCCUGCAGGCGAGGAAGUCGCAAGAGUGUGAGCUUCAGAGAUGUAGAUGAAUAUUUCCCUGUUUUUAGUCCUGAAUCUCCCAAACACAACCCUGGUAUUGAUGGCAGCCAGUGCACCAGCAACCUACCUUUUGACAUGUCGGAGUUCUCUGACUUCCUGGAUUCAGAACGCAUGGCCACCGUUUUACACAAGCAGGGCAUCGACGUCACAUCGCCAGAUCACGUUUAUGUUUUUUGCAGGGGGAGCAGUGAAAGCACGGAGGAGGACAUGGAGAAAACUGUCGUCAGUCACUGUGCUUUGACAGAGAGCGAUGAUGAUGAAGAGGAGGGUGAAUAUGUAAAAGAGGCUCAGGUAAAUAAACCAGAACAGCCAGUCCUUUCCCAUGAUGGUAACAGUAGCAGUGGCUCUGGUAGUAGUCAUUAUAGUAGCUGUGAGAGCGACCAUUACACCAGUGCACUGGAUGCUUCUUUACACCCUAGACACCUUUUACUCCCCACGGUAAAGGGGGGUUCUCUUGCGGCCGAAUUUGACAAAAACAUUCAGAUUUCUACAGACUUUGAUUCUAAAUUUGCAAGACAAGACUGGAAUCUACCACCUGUACAAACAGAACCCCAGAUGGAUUCAAGUCCUGAAAAGGUAAAAGGUAUGCCUGAUAAACUGGAGUUGUCUGAAGCAUACCCAAACAACGACUUGUUUGAACCUUGUAGGAGUCCUGUUCCUGACACUAUAAGUAAAUGUGCUGUUGAUCAGCCUGUGGAUGAAGAAGCUGAGGCAUUACAGGAAAACGUCGACCUUCCAUUCACGCCUAGUCCUUUUGUAACCGGCAGGACUCGCUCCAGGUUGAGUCGCUGCUCAAUGAGAACUAGCGUGACCUCCGAGAGCCUCCACACUUCUUUGUUUGAAGUGACCCUCCCCACGCCAGUUCGCUCACGUCGCCAGACGCCCAGAUCUCAGUCCAGUCUCGCCAAGAGCAGUAAAGACUUUUACAGUUCACCACAUGCACCUUGUUAUACACCAUCCUAUUCAAGGAAUGACACAGUAGGAGGAGACAAGUUUCCUGCCGAUUGCAAGGGCACACAGUCCAGCACCCUCAGUGCUGGUUCGAGUGCUAGCGAUAGCCAGGCUGACACGCUCAUCUUGUCCAAGAGCGUGACUGAUUCUGCUUCUGAAUCACAGACUCUGUCCGACACGGUCAUACUGGAGGAAAACCAGGACUCUUCAAUGGAUGCUUAUGAGAGGAACCUUGCAGAGGUCAUACUGGCCAUGAGAGGCCACGAUCUUGCUGAAGGAAGGGAUUUUCUGACUGAUGAUCAGACAAGUACAGACGAGGCAACAACACAGAAACACGUAAACGAUGCUCCCGGUAAAGACGAUUUAGAAAGCCUAAAAAAAGAGGAUGUCUGGAUCACUGAGGACUACAGCUCUCAGCUGGACUCUGUUUCAUCUUCAUCCAGCUCCACCUAUUUUUCCCCAAGGAGGUCCAGGGAAGAUUCCGACCUUCCUUGCACUCCAGGCACUGGAUGCACCCCCAGGUACAGCAUGAAUCGACUGUCCAGCUGCAGCAGGCCUCAGAACCUGGCUAACCUGUCGUACACCCCCGGAGGGCGUCCGCUCAUUCAGGAUCUGGAUGAACCGGUGGAGUACCUCUACACUGAUUCGGAACAGGGCCACAAGCUGAUCGAGACCCACGUCCCGCCUACGUCGAACACCUCACUCAGCUCCAGCAUGAGCACUACUAGCAGCGAGGAGACCAUCCUUUAUGACUGGCGCUCCAUGCAGACCGACAUGAUGAACGGAGCAAAGGAGAACCAGACGCCCCAGAGGGUGCUACAGAAGGAGGAAAAUGAUGAGGACAGGCUGUUACCAGAGACACAAGGGAUAACGGACAAGGAUCUGAGAUUGAGGCUACUAGAGCUGGGGGAGAGCCCGGGCCCUAUCAGCACCCGCACCAGGCCCACCUACAUGCGAAGGCUCUGUCGCCUGUUGCUGGAGUCAAACUCCCAAUCACCACAUCCCCAGGGGCAGUUAGACCAGCCACAAUCAGAUUUAGGUUACAGUCCAGAAUUGUGUCGGGCCCUGCGGACCUUUGAGCUGCCUGGUUGCCAGGCUGAAGAGCAAGCACUGUGCCAGCAGUUUGACCAACCAGAUCAAAACAGAAAGUGGAGGGAGGGCAUCAUCAAGUCCAGCUUCAACUACCUGCUGCUCGACCCGAGGGUGACAAAAAACCUCCCAUUCCGCAGUCACACCAUGACUCCACAGGAAUGCUUCCAGACAUUUAUCCACGCUAUAUUUUAUGUGGGCAAAGGGAAACGCUCACGGCCCUACAGCCACCUGUAUGAGGCUUUAGAGUACUUCAAAGGAGACAAGACUUCCAAGAAAUUGUGCCCCAAAGUGCAGCACAUCCUUCAGGUGUGGAAAGCCGAGCAGGGCGUCAUCUCUCUGCAUUGUUUCCAGAAUGUCAUUCCAGUCGAGGCUUACACAAGAGAGGCCUGCAUGGUGGAGGCCCUCGGAUUGAAGAUGCUCACCAAUCGGAAGCGAGGGGAUUUUUAUGGCGUGGUGUCCAACUGGCAGGUAAAGAAAAAACGGGACCUCGGCAUCCACCUGCUCUACCGGGCCAUGCAGAUCUUUCUGGCAGAGGGUGAGCGACAGCUCCGACCAGCAGACAUCAGACAGUAGUGACCCCCACUGGAGGGGGGUAUGAACAGCAGCAAAAUGCCAAUGCACAGAGGAGGUCAUACCACUAAUUCAGGGAAAAAAGUAUUUCUUCUUUGAAAAAUGUUGCACUCGAGAGUUGGCUGGAAUUUUACAGAACCAAGAUCUCUGGAGCUGUUGCCAGCAAUUGAAUUGUCUUUCUGUUAUAAAUGAGCUCUGAUAUCUCAAUUUUCAGUCAGUUAAGUUCAUCUAACUUGUUUUCCAUUUUAAAGUGAGUCCGCUUUUGAAAGCGUGUUUAAUACAAUAACAAAACUGCCAGAUAUCUUUGGAAAUGGAUUUCCAAUUAUUUCCAAUUUUAAUCAUCUGCCAAGAUGUGACACAAAUAAUGAAUCCUCAAAAACUUAAGUGUGGAAUAAUAAUAUAAUAUAAAUUAAAAAACAUGGGUUAAUGAAUAUGAACACAAUUUGGGAAUUAAAUUGGUAGACUGCAGGUCUUUCAGAAGUAACAACAAAUAAGCAUGACAAAGUUAUUCCCCCAAAAACAUUCUUUCCAGACGGACACUUGCUUCUCUGUGGUACUAUUGACAGCUUCAAAUGUUUCUACAACACAUUCAAAGGCAUUUCAGUAUGAUUAAAUGAGCUUGUGUCACAUAGCACAUAAAUAAGUUAAUUAAUAAUGUGCUGAAUCAAAAUUUUUUAUAAAAAAAAGAAAACUGGAAGAUGACCACAUAUUUUUUGUAGUGUUAAAAAAGAUAUGAUGGUACGUUAAGCAGAGGCUUGUAACUGGUUCUUAGCAUUAUAGGUUGUUAUGAAUAAAUCAUCAAAUGAAGUGUAUAGUUUUAGAAACUUAAUGUGUGAAAUGUGAUAUUUGCUUACAUGGCUGGCUUUCCAUUUAUUUUGUUGUGCUAUUUUGUUUUUGUUAAAAAUAUGCAUGCAGGCAAGCCAAUGAUAUGAUAGUGUCCAAUAGUGAAAGGUAUCUGUGUGUAUACAAUUAUUUUAGAGUUGUCAUUAGAAUAAGCUAUGUAGAACUGGAGGGUUAAGUUUGUCUGUAGUACAUCAGCACAAUGUUAAGGUAGGUAGACUGGCCUGGACUAGUUGGUGGCAGAACUAGUUUUUAUUAGUCACACAUGUGUUAUAGAUGUUAUUUGAUGCCAUAAUCUACAUAAAUCAAUGCGUCAUAGAAGUCACUUUUUGUACUGAAACAUUUUCUCACUAUCUCAUGUCAUGGUCAGCAAGCUUCAAAAUCAUUAAUGAUCUCCCCAGGGUAAUGCACUUGAUCAAUUAUCUGGAGGCUGCACAUAUUCUUUUUUUUCACACGAAAGGCAUUAAAAUUUACAGUUUAAAACAUUAUUUUGUGUUUUAUAAAUCUAUUUUUUUUUACAUCCCUGUCCUCAGGUUAAAGAAAAUCAAAGCAUGAGAUCAGGAAGUUAAACAACUGAUCUGUGGCAUUUACUUUUAAUAAUGAAAUGAUUGUCAUUAAAUGAAUUAUCUAUGAUAAUCAUUAAUAGUACAAUGAUUAGGUCUGCACGCACUGUUUCCAGUUCUUUUUGUUCUUAAAUGUAAAGCCGCCUCAUUGUGAGCCAUGUUUGAUAUGUUUGAUUGAUUGUCAAAAAUGGAUUUAUCAUUUAUGUGUACAAGUGCUCUCUUUUUAUUAUGAUAAUCAACUUCCAUUGUUACUGCUGUAUUUCAC